AUGAUGCUUCCUUUGAACAUAAACAGGGACACGCCAGAUGGCAAGAACUACCAGCCACCAAAGACAUUCCCAAUUGGUCCAUUUAAAAAGUACAAGCACAACCCUAUAUUGAAGCCCGACCCCGACGUUGAAUGGGAAUCCGCCUACUUGUACAAUGCAACAGCCAUUGUUGUUGACGUCCAUGUUAUUAUGCUAUAUAGAGCACAGAACAAGGCCAAACUAUCUUCUGUUGGGCUCGCAUGGUCAAUUGACGGUAUUAAUUUCAAAAAACACAAAAGACCAGUGAUCACGGCGACCGAAUCGUAUGAACAAGGAGGAGGAAUCGAGGACCCGCGUAUCAUUCGCGACCCAAAGUCCAAAUUGUUUGUUGUCACAUAUACAGCUUUUGACUUGCACACGGCUCGCUUAUGUGUUGCCACAAGCGAAGAUUUAUUCCACUGGCACAAACAUGGUCCUAUUGUUCCACCUUAUUGGAACGAUAUAGCAAUCACGGCCAAUGGCAACAGAAUCAUCCGUCAUAACUGGUCCAAGAGUGGUGCCAUUUUCAAUGAAAAAAACAAAGAUGGCAAAUAUUACAUGAUUUGGGGUGAUUGUCAACUUCACUUGGCCGAGUCCGAGGAUUUGAAGCACUGGAAGUUGACCAGUGACAAUAUAAACUCCAACAUUUGGGCGAAACAGAUAUUACAUAGAGAAAAUAAGCUAAUUGAAAGUGGGCCAGCACCAAUAAAGAUGGAUGCAGGCAAAGGCAAAGGCAAAGACAAAAACCAAUGGAUAUUUAUAUACAAUGCUGCAACUACAGGCGGCGAAGACUUGGCAAAGGGAACAUACACAAUAAACCAAGCGCUCGUAGAUUAUGACGAUAUCAAACUGGGGCCAGUUGCAAGAGUCGAAAGACCAACAUUGAGACCCGAGCUGGCUAACGAAGUAAAGGGACAAGUUGACCAGGUGGUCUUUUGUGAAGGAAUUGUUCAGUUUAACGGCCAAUGGUUCUUGUACUAUGGCCAAGGCGAUUCCGAGUUGGGAGUUGCCAUUGCUCCUGUUAAUUGA